AUGACGUUGGUUCACAUUGUUCUCUUUAAAUUUCGCCCGGACGUCUCUGAGGAGCACAAGGAGACUUUUGUCCGAGAGCUCAAGACGCUCAAGUCCCUGCCAUGCGUCAAGGACCACCGCCUGAUCGUCGGCGGGCCUUCCGUCACGGAUCCCAUCGAAAAGAGUAAGGGGUACCAUUUCGCCCUGCUGAGCUUCCACCAAGACCGCAAGGCGCUCGAAGAGUACCAGGCAAGCGCGGAGCAUCACAGGGUCACCAGCACCUACCUUUGGCCGUUCAAAGAGGACGUCACGCGGUUUGACUUUGAGGUGGCAGAGGAAGACGAAUACAUGUGCCAGUUUGUUGCGAACGGACUGGCAAACGGCUCGGCGUAG